CGGGUGCGGCCGGAAGCGAAGGCGAAAUAGGGCUGCCCAUGGCGAAGGCCGGAGCCGGCGGGGCCGCUGGGUCUUUGCGCGGAGUCCGGGGCGGUGGUCCAUGGGGGGACCCGACCUGGGAGAUCUCAGACUCGGACACCGAGGGCCCUGCCGGCGCUGAGGCCGCCGCGAGGGCCCGAGACCCGGCGGAGGAGCGCAGGGCGGCGGCCGAGGCUCUGCGGCCCGAGCCGGCCCUGAGGCGCUUGGCGGUGCGCGUGGACCCAGCCAUCCUGCAAGAUGCUGGCGCUGACAUCCUGCUGGAGGCCCUGGGCUCCCUGGUCUGCGAGCACCGCGUCGAGCCCCAGCUCCGAGCCCGGAGCCUCAGCUGGAGCCGCGUGAGCCCGGACCCCUGCCCCUGCCCCUGCCCCUGCAGCGUGAGUUUCAGGGUUAAUACCCACAGGAGCCCCGUCUCUUCGGCGACUUGGUCUUCUGUAUUUCUGGUGUCACUCCACUCUCCAAGGUGCCCUGGGAAGUAGCUGAGGCAAUUGUGUAUACCUUGAAGAUGGGUACCUAAGAGGGAGACACUUCAAGUGCGUGAUGCCAAGUCACUCAGCUAGUUGGAACAGGGCUGGGGUUCAGGUCAGGCAUUUGCCCCCAGGAACGUUCCAGCCCCUUGUAGGCAGCCCACUCCUUUCCCGCAGGGCUCAUAGGCAUGGACUGGCUUUGGCCUUCGCUGGGCUGUACGGAGUGGGCCUGGCCUCCGGUUGCCUGUGGGUGAGCUGCAGAGACUGUUGGUGUGGCAGCUGUGUCCUGGGUGUCCCAGCAGAUCUCCCCUGAGGGUUGGGCUGAACACAAACAGGAACUGCUGUUGCUGUUGGAACCAGAAGAGUUUCUGCAGGGUGUUGCCCAAACGUCCCCAGUGCUCCCCCCAGCCCUGCUCCACUGGAGAUGGGCCAGCCAAGAGCAUUUGCUGCCUGAGUGCCUGGGUAGCUUUGGACUCGUCCCUGGUCACUGGGUUCUCAGCUGUGGGCAGAGCGGGAGUGGUAGCUGCUCCCAGAGAGCAGGAGCCAAAAUAAACGGGGUCUUUAGAUAGCAGGGGUCAGGAGUCCAGUGUCACCUGGCAAGAGGGGGCCUAGGGACUGCGGUUGGAGAUGCCAGGCAGGGAUGUGGUGGCUGCAAAGUGUGAUGGCCACUUGCCGGCCUUGGUUGAAGAACUCAAGAGCACUCAGCCGGCCACACCGGAGCACCAUCAGGCCCUCCCCCUGGGCUGAGUCUCCCUGUUCAUCACGAGCCUGGUAUGGACCAGGUGGAGGCCAGGUGUUGAGGGGUUCAGCGUGACCUGCAGGCUUCCAGAGGUAUCCUGCCGCCCAGCUCUCUGAGGCACUUGUGCAUUCUGGCUUGCAGGUGUCCAGCCCAGCAUGCUCGGUGCCCUGGACUUGUCCUGAGAUCCCCAUCCGCCUUUACCUGGCCAUCAUCGAUCCCCUCAGUGGGGCUGCCUGGGAGGGUGGGGUGCCCCCACCUUCCCUCUGAGCCCCCACUCCCCUGGGUGGGCUCAAGGAGGGUGGGACUGGUGGGAUGUGGGAGCCAAGGCUGGUCCCUUUGUCCAGGUCUCACUGGCACAGUGUCCAGGGCGUGAGGCAAUUGCCAGAGGGUCCAGUGGUGCCCCAUGCCGAGGGGGCCAUUGGCUGGCCCCAGGUGAAGGUGAGAGUCAUCUGGAUUGGGCAAGGCAGCUGACCUCAGUCCCAGCGCUUGGACUGUCACGAUGCCCAGCAGGGCCAGGUUUGGUCCUGACUGGCAUAGGUAGUUGGUCUCAGCAGGGUCCCCAAAGGAGCCCCCACCUAUUGCUCCCCCUCACAGGCCCUGGUGCUCCUGCAGUUCUCGUUGGGCCUGGACAUGCUACUGGAGACCUCCUGGCAGGAGCUGAGCAAGCACUUGUGUGCCUCCCCAACGUAGGCUGGGCUGGGUGGU